AAUUAUUUUGAUAAUUUAAGUUAACUUCGACUCUACUACUCAUGGGAAAUAUUCAUACAGUAGGACCUAAUAAUGCCCUUGUAAUAUCAGGUGGUUGUUGCGGUUCACGCAGAUCGAAAACAAUCAUCGGAGGAUGGGGCUGGGCAUGGUGGUUUGUGACAGAUGUACAAUGCAUCUCUCUGGAGGUUAUGACUUUAAAUCCAGUCUGCGAAAAUGUUGAAACGAGCGAAGGUGUUCCAAUCACUGUCACUGGUGUUGCCCAGAUUAAGAUAAUAACUGAACGCGAAUUACUAAAUACGGCCUGCGAACAAUUUUUGGGCAAGAGCGUUCAUCAUAUUGAAACAGUUAUUUUACAAACUUUGGAAGGUCACCUAAGAGCCAUAUUAGGAACUCUCAGUGUCGAAGCUAUCUAUCAAGAUCGAGAUAAAUUUGCUCUUCAAGUAAGAGAGUUUGCUGCUCCGGAUGUUGGUCGAAUGGGUAUCGAAAUUCUCAGCUUUACGAUUAAAGAUGUUUACGAUAACGUCGAAUAUUUGGCUUCUUUGGGUCGGGCUCAAACUGCUAAUGUGAAAAAAGACGCCGAUGUAGGAGUUGCUGAAGCAACUAGAGAUGCAGGAAUAAGGGAAUCUGAAUGCGAAAAUACUCGAAAGAACGCUAAAUUUCUGGCAGAUACUAAAAUAGCCGAAUCAAAGAGAACAUUCGAAACGCAAAAGGCGGAGUACGAUGGUGAAGUGAAUGCUAAACUCGCACAAGCCGAACUAGCUUACGAACUUAACGCCGCCAAGAUGAGACAGAAAAUUAGAGCGGAAGAAUUGGAAAUCGACGUCAUUGAUAGAAAGAAGCAAAUUGAUAUUGAAGAAAAAGAAAUUCAAAGGAAAGAAAAAGAACUUAUUGCCACUGUAAGAAGGCCUGCCGAAGCUGAAGCGUAUAAAAUGGAGACUAUAGCCGAAGCUCAUAGGUUUCAGACUGUAGCAGCUGCCGAGGCGGAAGCCGAAAAGAUUCGAUUGCUGGGUAGUGGAGAUGCAGCAGCUAUUGAAUCCAUCGGUAAAGCCGAAGCCGAUAGAAUGAAAAUGAAGGCUGUAGCUUAUAAGCAAUACGGAGAAGCGGCUAAACUAAGUUUAGUAUUGGAGAACAUGCCGAAGAUCGCUAGAGCUGUUGCUGCGCCAUUAUCAAAGACAGACAACAUAGUUCUGCUUGGGGAGGAUAGAACAACAACAGAAGUUACAAAGCUCGUAUCGAAUCUACCACCAGCAGUUCAAGCCCUUACGGGCAUUGAUCUGAAAGAGCUACUUAAGGUUCCUGGACGAAUGGUUUGA